AUGCCGCGGCGCCCAGGGGCGCGCCGCGCUCUCCGAGCGGCUGUCGCGGCCCACCAUCGCGGCGCGUCUGCCGCCCGCGCCCACCCCGCCCCGCGCACGCGCCCGGACACCCUCCCCCGCGCGCCCCUCACGCCCCGACGGACGCACACGCGCUCACCUUGUCCUGUCGUCCCGAUUCCGUCGAUCGAUUCCUUUAUAUCACAUACACAAACUAACCUUAAGGCAAUAGUUAUUGACGACAAAUAUGAAAUACAACAAGAAGCUGAUGUGGAAUUUGAUGUGGAUCUGCCAGAAUUUAGGACGGCAGGUGGAGUUCUACGAGGAGAGCAUGGGGAAGUUACCGCACCUCCGUUACUAUGGGUGAAAGCCCUAGACAUGGUUUUAGACAGACUUGUUGUCGCAGGAGUAGAUUUUUCAACCGUUGAAGCACUAUCAGGGGCUGCUCAGCAACAUGGCUCUGUGUGGUGGGCUAAAGGCGCUGAAACCAAGUUAGCAGCACUAUCACCAGAUGGGUUCUUGCAUACACAAUUAGCAACUGUAUUUGUGUGCGACUCACCAGUAUGGAUGGAUUCUAGCACCACCGCUGAUUGUAAAGCUUUAGAAGAAGCUAUUGGCGGCCCGGAGGAACUGGCAAAAAUCACCGGAUCAAGAGCCUACGAACGUUUCACUGGACCUCAAAUACGUAAAAUAUAUAAAAAUAAGCCGAGAGUGUACGGGGCUACUGAAAGAAUAUCUCUUGUAUCAUCAUUUGCUUGUUCCUUGUUUGUGGGAAAAAUAGCUCCUAUAGACCUCUCAGAUGGUUCCGGAAUGAAUCUACUUGAUAUUCAUACUAUGAAGUGGUGUGAUAAGGCUUUGGAGGCUUGUGGAGAUGAAACUUUAAAGCAAAAGCUCGACGAGCCUGUACCCUCGGCCACAGUGGUCGGUUCCAUAUCACCGUACUUCGUACAGAGAUAUGGUUUCAAACCUGACUGCAAGGUUGUAGCCUUCACGGGGGAUAACUGCUCUGCCUUAGCUGGUCUUCGCCUUCGUUCCGGGUGGGUGGGUCUUAGCCUGGGUACUAGUGACACUCUAUUACUUGGCCUGGAAGCACCCGGGGCUCCGGUGGCGGGCCACGUAUUGGUAGGGCCGACUAGUGCUCCAUACAUGGCAUUACUAUGUUUUGCCAACGGAUCUUUAACUCGACAAGCAGAGAGAGACCGUUUGUGUGGCCCCAGCUGGCCGGCCUUUGAUGAACUAUUAAGAAGUACUGUGAGAGGAAACAUGGGAUAUAUGGGUAUAUAUUACAACACAGCGGAGAUCCUCCCUCGAGCGCCAUCUCUCCGCGUGAUUCAAGACGCGGCCGGUCGUCCUUGUACACCGGCGCCACAAUACGAGGCGCGCGCUCUAUUAGAGGGACAGGCGCUAUCAGCUAGAAUACACGCUGAGGACGUUGGACUCGCUCUAGAGCGUAGUUCCCGCGUGGUGGCGACAGGCGGCGCCUCUGUCAACACGUCUCUGCUUCAGAUCUUCGCGGACGUGUUCAACACGCCCGUAUAUGUUCAGGAUCAACACGCGAACGCCGCUCUCCUCGGAGCAGCUAUCAGGGCCGCUGAGGUGUGGGCGAAGGAGACUAACACACAGCUUAGUGGUUCUGAGCUGACCGUCUCUCCGGUGGCGAAGCCCUAUCCUGACGCUGAGAACAUCUACUCACCAAUGUUACAACGCUACAGGAAAAUGCUUCAAGAAAUUCCCAAACUCAAGUGA